AUGGAGAAGAGAGAAAUCGAUGAGUGCUCCAAGGAGAUGGAGAGUCUCGACCUAGAUAACUCGUACGAGACGGACGAGGAGGAGGAGGAACCAGUCGAGACGCACCUGGAAUUGGUCGAGAGGGAGAUGUGGAAGUCUUUACGCGAAUCUAAUAUGGAGAGGGAGAGGGAGAUCCUGGACAAUUGUUAUAUCGACGAGAACACUUGGUACAAUUCUACCGUUCUGUAUUUUUCUGAGGACAAUCUCUCCAAAGAAGAGGAUCUGUGCCAAGUCUGGGAAACAAAGGUGGAACCACUCUUUAAACGUUAUGGCCUUAAAUGCCAAUUGAAUUGGGAUGAGCGUAAGAUGACUGUGGGUACAAAAACAGCUCUCGUCGGGGACUGGGGGAUCCUUAACAGGGGUGCAUGUGCUCUUGCUGUUCUAACUCGUGGUUUCAGCACUGAAUGUCUUGAACGAAUCUUCUCCUGCGAAGUCCAUUGUCAAUACAUGAAUCUUAGAAUACCAGAUAAGAUGAGUAAGGAUGAAUUUUCAAGCAAGUAUCAAAAGUUUGUGGAAAAAAUUGACGAAUUUGAACUACCUGAGAAGCUUUCCUGCUUUAUUAUUUUUGGUGAAGGAGCUAUCUUCGUUUAUUCUGAUAAACCAUGGUCAACAUAUAAAAUGAAGAAUCUUGUGAAUUGGUGUCUUCUUGGUGAAGAACCUUUUGAACGAGAUAAUUUUCAUGAAUUGUCACUUGAUGAUGAUGAUGAUGAUUAUUGA